AACAGUAGAUUUAUUCUUCCUAUUCUGUAACGGAAGUGAAACAGGCAUUUCACAAUACGGACGAAGCGGUGGCGUCUGACAAGGCGGCCGACGCACUGUGCAUAUAAAAUGGCGGCUACCCUUAUUGCAUAAUGGAGAUUGGGUUUUCAGGGAAAACUAUGCAGGACGAAAACAAUACGAGCCAAAAAUACUUCAUUUCCUGGACUAUUAUUGCUAAAACACAUUCAUAUUUAAGUAACAGUACAAAGCUUGAAUAACUUAAUAUAUAUUAAAUGGACAUAAAAAAUAUUGGUUGACAGAGCUUCCUUAAUUCUUAUAUAUAGACUUUCUUAAAUGAAAAUAAAUAGUUUGCCAAGUAUGAGAGCGUUUGGUAUUCGAAGCACGCGCGCGCGCGGCGUGCCUCGCCGCCUAAAGGACCAACUAUAAAUACCAAGCCCAUUGAAAAAUUAAAUCAUUGUUGUUCCAUUAACCGUACGGGCUGAACGUCUAAUUAAUAAAAUUUGAUGACAAAGUGAAAAUUAUUAAAAUGAAGUGUCUAGCAGUAAUCUUAGUUUCCGUAGCCCUCGCAAACGGUUACUCCAUAAAAGAUAAUGAGGUGGAAACGGCACGGUUGUACACAAGUGACGAUUUGUUGGAUAGUGUUAUAAGUGAUUGUUUCGGAGCCGAUUCCUCUACAUCGUGCCUCAAAGUGAAAGUUCUAUCGUUCCUGGACACCAAAUUGGGAGUAACAGCUGAAUCAGCGCGGGCGCUGGAAGAGAAAAAUAUUGACAAGGUCAUAUUCGAACGCGUUGGGCGGAUACUGAACGAGAAUGAGUUCAGAUUCCAGCUUCCGGAGUUCCUGUUCCAAAGUGCUGAGGUAUCCUAUAGAGCUGACAGAGGCUUCGACGUCGAUUUCCCAAAGGCCGAGACGGAAAAUGGCGAAGGUAAACAUAAACCAAAACUUAAAGAAAAAUUCCACCUUUUCAAAAUUUUAUUCAUGGUAAAUUUCCUUUCAGCUCGAGGCAUAUUGAAGAAGAAACUGUUGCUGCCAGUACUUCUGCUGCUGAAGCUGAAGAUGAAAGCUCUUAUGCCGAUUCUAGUCGCCAUCAUCGGCAUCAAGGCUGUAAAAGCUCUUGUCCUCAGCAAGCUGGCCAUCACGCUGGUUCUCGGUUUCCUCAUCUAUAACUUGCUAAUGAAGAAAGGAGGUAUGCCCAUGAUGAUGCCCACUGAAGCGGCACCGCCAGCGCCCCAGUACGGUCCCCCGGCCUCUCAGUAUGGACCUCCUUCGACUCCAGCGGCCCCCGCAGACACGUACGGUCCCCAAUGGGAGCCUUCAAGCUCCGGACCCUACGCCAGAGUAUGGGACCCAUCCCAACUAGCCUACAGCUCUUACUUCCCUGGUGAUUCCAACACAUCAGCCGCGUCCAACCAGUCACCGAACGUCCGACCCCAUAUAAAAGGCUCACAUAUGGUGGGAGUACCGCACAUGGUGCAAGGUUGCCCUCUUAUGCUGUUUUGUCGUGUUCGAGUAAAUGUAAAUCCCAAAAUCCUUGGGCUCCCCUACUAUAACAUUGUUCUAUAUUCGUCUAAACCGUCAUUUGAUGACCUCAUUGUGGUGUGUGACACACACGUACUCCAGCCCCUCUAG